UGUCGCUUUUAGUCGCUCGUUAACCGUGCCGUCGCGCUCGCGCCAUCGUAACCACGGGGACCGACCGGCAGUGGACUCUUCUCACCGUCCUCGCGCGAAGGGGACUCCGUUUAUGCGAAAGUUUAAAUUAAUCCGUGCGAGAUGCAUCGGUCGCAUCCAGUCGCGCGAAUUAUUCGCGAUCGCGUUUCCACGUCGAAACGAAUAGCAGUGCAUUUGUCGAAUCGAUGAAGCCUUCAUCGAGAACGCGAAGCCGCGCGGAUACCAGUUCGCAACGCAUUAAAUGUCAGUGGAAAAGUUCGCUCUCGAACGCGUCGAUGCCGACCCUGAGAGGCGCGCUAACGCUAACGAGAUGGAUAAAGCUACAUCUCCGACGUAGCGCGGUGAACAAAUUCGGGAAACGCGCAUAGAAAGAGAAGAUAAUCCGAUAAAAGCGAUUCAAGGUGUCAAAGACGUCAAUCGUCGCAACGCAUUAGCGUCGUUGUCGUCCACCGAUCGCAGUCCUCGUCCCCGUCGCGACGGUCGUCUCCCGUCACGAGACUCAUCCGCUAACGAUCGCCGCUAACGUGGCGAACGCGCGAUCCGUCGCAGUACGUUCAGCGACCGUGCAUCGGCUUGGGCUUUUUACGAUCAAUAGCGCCAGUGUAUCCGAAUCGAAAGGUGUGUCGCGGUCGAUGAAGCGGUUUCGAUCGUGCUCCAACACAAAUCGCGCCACUUAUCGGUUGGUUCCUCGUCGCGUAGACGAUCGAUCGACCAGUUGGAAAAAAUUUUCGCGAAAGCUUGAAUUUUGAACUUUGUUGGAUUUUUAAAAUCUGCUAGAUCGUCAAUCGAUCAGAUUCUUAGCAAUCGAAGAUCAGCCAAAGAGAUGGAGAUCGAUAUGAGCGGUAGAACGAAUAAACCCAGUGAGGAAAUGGCGAAGAGACGGGUGUCGAUUAGCGAUCAAGUUUUGGGACUUGACAAUCCCGCCUUCGAGCAUCAUCGGCGCAUCAGCGCGAGCUCGGAGCACAAUUCUGAUCAAGGCAGACGGAAAUCGAUCCUGCAUCACGGCGGCAGUCAUUGCGACAGCGUGGAGAAUAUAAAUCCGCAAUACAAGUUCGAUCUGGAGAACGGCAGGAUCAACGGUAAUAGAAAAAAAUCGGCGUAUAGCUUGUCCAGCUCGAUCAGAGACAAGAUCGAGUAUUCCGAGGAGCUCGAAAGGUCGUGGCUGUAUCUAUUUUGCGCGCGGUGUCACGGUCGCGACGACACACCAUCAUGGGAGCCACCGGGCUGGAGGAGAGCAUGUCCACAGCCGUUUUGUCCAACGUACAGGAAAUUCGCGCGGGUGCUGUGCCUCUUCCUUUUGGGUCUGCUACUCUGGGGUGUUGUUUACUCGAUAAUCGGCAAUGACGCAGCCCCGGGUGGUCAGCUGUUCGGAUUGGCCGCUCUAAGCAUCGCCGCGUAUUUCGGAGGUUGGCUGAUAUCUUUGACUACCCUUCCGGCCUUAAUCGGUAUGCUGAUCACCGGGAUGAUACUGCAGAACAUUGGACUUAUUCAAAUCGAAGGACAGUAUACUGUGGUGAUUGCCAAUUUACGGAAAAUCGCCUUGGUUAUCAUACUUACUAGAGCGGGCUUGGAUCUCGAUCCAACCGCUCUGAGAAGAUUAAAGGUCACGGUGCCGAAGAUAGGUUUGAUACCGUGGCUGGUGGAAGCAACGGUCGUGGCAGCGUCGACGAGAUACCUCUUGAAUUUACCUUGGAUAUGGGGUUUCCUUCUCGGAAGCAUCAUAGCAGCCGUCUCGCCAGCUGUUGUGGUACCUUGCCUCUUUAGGUUACGUGCCAAGGGUUACGGAGUCGCCAAGGGCAUUCCGACGCUGAUUAUCGCGGUUUCCGGGAUUGACGAUGCGGCAUCGGUGGCGGUUUACGGUAUUCUGAAGAGCAUCAUGUUUUCCCACGACGCGCUAUGGUACCAGAUCCUGCAAGGUCCCAUCGCUAUCAUCGGCGGUCUGGGAUUCGGUAUCAUGUGGGGCUGGUUGGCCAAAUACGUGCCGGAAAAGGGCGACCCGUUCAUGGUGCCUCUUAGAGUGCUGAUGUUACUCGGAGGCGGGUUGUUGGCGGUUUUCGGCAGCGAGGCAAUCGAGCUCGGCGGUGCUGGACCGCUUGCGGUCGUAGCUGCAGCUUUCGUCAGCUGCUACUUUUGGCAACAAGAAGGUUGGGAAGUGGACGACAAUCCGGUGGCCACAUCUUUCGAAAUCUUCUGGAUGAUAUUCGAGCCGAUUCUGUUUGGCAUUACUGGCAUGCAGAUCAAGAUCAAUGAGCUGGAAGGAAAGACUGUCUAUCUCGGGAUAGGCUGCUUGAUCGCCGGCAUUGUCAUCCGGAUCGGGGUAACGGUGUUAUGCGGAAUCGGUUCCAAGCUCAAUCUCAAGGAGAAAAUAUUCAUCGCCCUGUCAUGUAUGGCCAAGGCGACUGUGCAAGCGGCCCUAGGCCCUGUCACACUCGACGAGAUCGACAGGGAUAAUCAAAGUGAGGUCGAAUACGCUGAUAUGAUACUGACGUUGUGCGUGCUCUCGGUGCUUUUGACCGCGCCAGCGGGUGCCAUCAUGAUUUCGCUCUCGGGACCGAAGCUUUUGACGAAGACGACCGCGCCGGUCGCCCCUCCGGAAGCUUGGAAAGUGCGCAGACCGUCGAUGCGCGAUAUCUCGAUCAUCAACGAGGAUCCGGAUCUCGAGGAGACCGCGAACGAGAGAAAACCCUGACGACCUCGCAUUUAAUGUCAGCCUAGUAAGAGUCCGUCUUUAUUUCCCGGCAUUCCCAAAAGUGCCUUUACUUUGGUUAUUCAAAGUAUUACUUAAAAAUCAUAAGCUAUAUUUAUAUAACCAUCAUUGGCGAGAUAUUAUUUAAUUAUUACCAGGACAAGGUUUAAUGAUAACCGACUGAAAAUGAAGUAAUUAUAGUGAUAUGGCAAGGAUAUCAUAGCUGGAAUUGUCUUGAAUUAUUUAAAUGGAUUUUCAAUUUUAUUUCAUCUGACGCUAGAUCAUCUAUAUUCUUGUUAGAUUAGUGAUGAUUCUAGUGUAAAUGCAAUCAUUCUUUAUAUAAAAUAAAAAAAAAAAUGAUCGUGGAAAAUAUUGUAUAUUUAUAUUACAAGGAAAGGAUGCGUUUAUUUAAAGAUUUCAUGGUUCUAGGUGAUUUUGGAAUUUAUACGUCCAUAAACUUCAUUCUAGAAACUAUUAUAUUAUAGAAUGUAUAUAUUUAUAAUAUUGUUCAUAUAUUAUUUUUUUCUUGACGACUAUACUUUACGCACGAAAUCCAUAAAGCAAGAUGCUACAAACGUCUUUUAUUAUACGUAUGUACAUAUGUUGUUUUAAUAGAUUUGUAUUGUAAUUGCAGAUUUUGUUAUGUAUUUAAGCGAAAAGAAGAGAGACUUUGUUGUGGAAGAGAUAUCUCCACUCUAGUGUUGGAAAUUUUAAUAUCAAUAUAACAAAUAAAAUAAUGCGUAAUAAUAAUAGUAAUUUUAUCGCGAUUUACUCGUUAUUCAACGCUAAUUUUUAUUAUUAAAACGAGUUAUCGUUUGUUCCUGCGAAAGAAAAUCAUUCGUUAAAGAUUGCGACACGUAAAGGUAUUUUUGUAACAAGUUAUAACACACACACAAUGUAUGCAAGAAACGCAAUCAAUUGUGCGCUGGUCCGUACUUCUAUUAAGCGUGUAUUGAUUUUGGAAGCUCGAUGAGUGAUUGAUGACUAAGAGUGGCUGUCGUGUUAUAAUAGACUUUGUGAUUUUAAAUGAUACGUUUAUGCCAGAAAGAGAUAAAUUGCAUGGGAUUUAAUAUUAGAAUCACUUGUCAUAAAAUUAUAGCCGUGAUAUAUAUCUUAGUCUUUUCUUCAAGGACUAUUUCAAUAGAAGAAAAAAGACCGGACCGUAAAUUUAAGUUUCGAAGUGACAUAAAAGUUUGCUCUCACGCGAUUGGCGGUUUUGAUAUUAAAACGGAAAUGUAAAAACCGAUGAAUGUAUCCUAGUGCAAAUAGACAUAUUGUUUUACAAAAAAUCAUAAUCAUAUCGUUAAAUUCCAUUUGAAUAUAUUAAAAAUAAAAGCAUUCUUUUGCUAUCUA